GUUUAAAGUAUAUAUCAAAUAUUUUUACAUAUUUCCACACAUUUAUGCAUAUUUCCCUCUAUACUCUAUAGGUCUAUCGCCUGGAAAUAGGGAAAACAGAUGUUGAAAGACACCGGAACAUAACAUAACGGGAGUUUUUCCAAUUAGAAAAUGAGACAGUGGCCCCUGUCAUGUCAGAUACGCCCCCUUUUGUAUAUGAACCAAAAAUUGUAAACUUGAAAGAUCCAGAGUCCGGUGGGAAGUGCUAGAGUCGGUUCUUUGAGCGAUUGUUUGUUGCUCGAGUUUAGUUGUGUAUUAUUUUAUAUUGCGUUUGUCUAGCAGUGAAUCCCUUAUUAUGAUAAAACGGGUCUGUUAAUGCCCAGUGAUUAGUUAAUGUUGAGUGGCAAUAUUUAUUGUUAACUGCUUGGACUUAACACUUGUUUAUAUUUUGUUUUUGGUUUGGUGUUAUGUGCCUUUUGUAUUUAAUUAAUAACAAAUUAAGCUUGGCAUGAGAGUUUGUCAUAAUGACAGUCGACUUUAAUGAUUAUUUUUGGGGUGAGAAGAACAAUGGCUUCGAUGUCUUGUAUCAUAACAUGAAAUUUGGCUUAAAUGCCAGCAAAGAUUUUGCGGAGUUUCUUCGAGAAAGAUCCAGUAUAGAAGAAAAUAACUCGAAACUUCUAACAAAGUUAGCUAAACAAGCAGGAAGUUGUUGUUCUCAGGGAACUUUUGCCCCACUAUGGCAGGUUGUGAAAGCAUCUGCAGAGAAGCUUUCCGCUCUACAUGUACAAACAAUGCAGAAGUUGACCGAUCUAGUUAAAGAAGUUGGAAAAUAUGCUGAAGAAUUACACAAAAAACACAAGUCGGUGAAAGAGGAAGAAUCUGGUACCUUGGAAGUAGUGCAGGCCAUGCAAACCGUUACAUUAAACGUACAAAAGUCUAAGGAUGUGUAUAAUCAAAGAUUUUUAGAAUUUGAGCGAUUGAAAAAGGAGAACGCGUCGGCGAAAGAUUUAGAGAAAAGCGAGCAAAAAUUUAAGCGGUCACAUGAAGAUUACAAAGGUUUUGUAGAAAAAUAUUGCACAGUUAAGGAAGAAUUUGAAAAAAGAAUGUCCAUGAGCGUGAAAAACUUUCAAGAAUUGGAAAUUAGUCACUUGAUUCAUAUGAAAGAGUUUUUGAAUUAUUUUGCCGACGUUAUUGAAUGGGCGCAUGGGGAAAUGGGGAAGGUACAUAAGGAAUUUAGACAACAGUGUGUUGAUUUGACGAUUGACCAACUGCUAGAACAGUUCGUUAAAAAUAAAUCUACAGGACUUGAAAGGCCAGGGAUCUUAGAUCUAGAAGAACCUGUAUUGUCUCCCACUCAAGAAACCGAACCCAGUGCAAAAUCAUCCAAGAGAGAAGGUAACGGUCCUAGCAAUCAGACAGUGCCAACACAUGCCAACAAACCUUCCCGCCGAACAACUUCCUUAUUAAAUCUCUUCAUGUCUAAUUCGCAGGGUUCUCGUGAAAGCCGUCCUGGGCCCUGCAGUGCCCCAUCCAGCCCCACCAGUCCCGAAGGAAAGCAACAGCUGACUCGCCAUUCUCAACGCGGAUCCAAAUGGUUCUUGCGUAGUCGACGCGAUAAAGGAAAGAAGAAAAAAACGACGAAAAAACAGCAAACAAAGGAUAGUGUUGAUAAUCAAAGCAAUAAAGAGGAGAAAUCUGACAUGGAAGAAAAAGAUGAUUCUCAAAAAAGCGACAGCGUAAGUGGCCCGCCAAAUCCUUCGGCUACUCAGGAAGUGGAUGAUGACGGAUAUGUUAUAAGACCAACAGUUACUCAGGCUUGGAACGAAAAAACCAACUUUUACUCGUCUUCCGAUUCAGGCUCUGAUGAUGAACCAGAAGUGAAACUCCACGUCGAAAUUAAGCCUCUUAACAACGGUUCAACUCCCAUGUCGGCCUCAGUGGACGAACUGCGAGCUACAGUUGAAAAUAUUUAUCUAUGUCCAACUGGAGGGUUUGGCAGGCGCGGAUCAAACUUGGAUAACGACAUGACGAUGAAGAGAUCGCAAUCUGUGUCUCAGCAAAUCGGAAAGCCCAGCACAGAUUUAUUGGGGCUCAGUUUCGUACAAAGCCCUACUGCUUCUAAUGCUUCCACUCCGACCAGCUCGCACCCCUAUGCGCCUUUACAGAGUCCAUCUCAAUUGGCUUUGAAUUCGCCAACUUUAUCUAUUGGCUCAAAAUAUGCAGAGUUGGGUGACAUUUUCUCUGAAGACAAUGAAACUCAAAUGCCAAAACAGCCGAGUAGGCAAACUCCAACUCCAACCUCUGGCUAUAUGUCUAUUCCACGGCCUCCAUCGCGCCGCUCUGACCCCAAUAAGAGUCUCAUGCAACAAAACUCGAAUAUUUCAAGAGCGGAUAGUAUCAAUAGUUUGGAGUUCCGAACGGCGUGUGUGCCCGUUGGGGUAUCGAGAGGCCCGUCGCCGUUAACUAUUGGCAUGGCAGACACAAUUCCACUGGCAGUAGCGUUCCACGAGAUUGUUCACUCGUAUUUCAGAGGCGCUGAAGAGUCCAGGUGCCAAGUGAAAAUGUCGGGUGAAAUGAUGCUUUCGUUUCCGGCCGGUAUCGUGACGAUACUUGCAAGUAAUCCAAAUCCCGCUAAACUGAUUUUUAGAGUUAAAAACACUCGCCACCUUUCUUCAGUGCUGCCGAAUGAAAACUUGGUCUCUCUAGACCCAGGACAAUCGUCCACGGAUAGUCUUGCUGUGGAGUUCAACAUGUCGGCCCUAAGCUCCCUGUUAAGGAAGCAAUCUGAGCAGAAUCCCAACGCUUCAUAUUUCAAUGUAGAUAUACUUAAAUACCAAAUUAAGGCAAAGCCUGGCGCCAACUCCUGUCCUCUUCAGCUUGUCGCUUACUGGAAGUGCGCUAACCUACAUACUGACCUAAAAAUUGAAUACAAAUAUAAUUUACAUGCUAUGAGCUCCCCUACGCCAUUGCUUAACGUUUCUGUCUCAGUUCCGGUGGACGGUGUUAUCAAAACUAUGCAGUCCAAACCUCAAGCCCAUUGGGCCGCGGAAAAUAACAGAUUAGUUUGGAAGUUCACUGAACUCUCACAGCAUUCUGAAAACAACGGGGUUGGUUCAAUGCUAGCUCGGUAUGAUGUUGAAAAUGGACCUGGAACUCCUUCAACUAUUAGUGCGCAGUUUAACUGCGAAGGAACCACUUUAUCAGGGAUAGACUUCCAAUUGGUGGGACUGGGUUAUCGACUGUCUCUAGUCAAGCGUCGUUUUGUUUCAGGAAAAUAUAUUUGCGAUGGUGACCGCAAAUAUAAUUCUGGUUUAGGGACGCCAAAUACUGUUGGAUCUGGGGAUCCUCAGUGCUAGCAUUCCGCGUUAAGCUAUGCGUUAUUCUACCAUAAUCCUUUUCAUUCUAUUUCUAUAAGAUUUCAGCGUUAUAAAACUUAUAUAGUUUAUGAGCUAUUUUAUAAAUAAAUAAAUCGUAAAUGAAAAUUUUUUGCUAAAGAGUUAGUGGAUUAUUUUGUAUUAGCAUACGGAGGAAUAGGACUAUUCCUAGUCCCGACCUCCAACGUUUCGACUAGUUUACUACACAUGUCUUUUUUGUUUGCAAUAGCCACCUCACCGUUUGUUAUUUUAAGAUUUUUCAACUACUUUGAUUGACAUAUCAGAGCUUAUUAUAAGUGAUAUGCUAAUUAUUUGGCAAUAAUAAUUGAUGAAUUGAAAUCUCCUAUUAAACAAAUUGUUUCCAA